AUGGGCUGGUUAUCAUUUGGUUCAACCAAGACAGAAAUUCCCCCUUCUCAACCACAACCGCCAGUACAAUUACAACAAAGAUCACAUAGUCAAUUAACCGCCCCCAUAUCAGAAUAUCCGAAAGAUACUCAACAAUAUCAAAACUCAUUAAAUAAAGAAGAAUCAGAUAUAGAAAUUACUUUAAAUCAAUUGAGUCAUAAACAAUUAUCAUCAAAUGCAACUACUGAUUCACCCACCACUUCCGCUUCAACGAAUAUCAAUGUAGAACAAAUAAACGGAUCGAAAUCUCCAGAAGAAAUUUCAAACACUGUUUCCCAGUUCAUUGAAAACUAUCCAAUUUCAAACUUAUUUAUAAUUGAUGGUGAAAAAGAUUUGAAAAAAAGUAUAAUAUGUACAUCAAAUAACGAUGGUGGUAAAACUUGUCUUAAAUUACAAAUGAAUUCAAUUGAAUUAUUUAAAAUUAUGCAAAAAAAUGAAUUUUUUUGUUCUUUACCUAAUGAUGUUGAUGCUACUUAUUUUGAAUGUAGAAAAAUACAGUAA